AUGGGGAAUUAUACCUCUUCCUUUGCACUUUCAAUCUUGUUACUACAUAGCAUUGCACUUUCCUUGGGCUCAACUAUCUUGAAUUCUGUCACAGACAAAAAUUCACUCAUCUCCUUCAAAAACUCCACAAUAUCCAACCCACAUUCUCUCUUGAGCUCCAAUUGGUCUCAAAAUACAUCAGUUUGUAAUUGGAUUGGUGUGUCAUGCGGCCUCAAACACGGCCGUGUCACUGCUCUCAAUCUCUCUGGCUACGGCCUUGCUGGAACUGUCGCUCCACAUCUCAGAAACCUAACGUUUCUAAGAUAUUUGGACAUCAGUUCCAACAGUUUCACGGGGAUCUUACCCCUUGAGCUCUCUAAACUGCGUCGUUUGAAGGUGAUGAAUGUGGGAGAUAAUUCAUUCACCGGAGAAAUACCGACAUGGUUGGGUAGUUUACCUCAACUGGAGGAACUCUAUUUGUAUAACAACACUUUCUUAGGUACAAUUCCUGCCUCUUUGUUCAAUAAUUCCAAUCUUUCUUCUCUCCAAGUAUUAGACUUGGACAAUAAUAAGUUGACUGGACCCAUACCACGUGGUAUAUUCGAUGUAACAUCCAUGAGAGAGAUUAGAAUUAGGAAUAAUAGCCUAUCAGGUCGUCUCCCAAUCGAUAUGUGUAAUAAUCUUCGAAAUAUCGUAACACUUUCCAUUUCGGGAAACCAAUUUUCCGGGGAUAUUCCACCAAAUAUAUGGGAAUGCAAAGGCCUACAGCUCUUGGAUUUGUCCCUCAAUCAUUUCAAUGGCAAAAUCCCAAGCGGAAUUGGGAGUUUAAGCAUGCUUAAAGAGUUGAACUUGGGCAUAAAUGAUUUCCAUGGUAUACUCAUCUCUUGUCUCUCUAUAUAUAGUGAAUUUAUACAUUAUUCCUAAAUUCCAAACUUGUAUAUUGAUAUGUUGGAAAUUCAAUAACAAUUUUCAGGAGGAAUUCCCACAGAAAUAGGGAAUCUUUCAUGACUAG